AUGUGGACAAGCCUUGAUAUCGAUAUAAAAUUCGAUAAGCCAACCAAUAUACGAGCUCAACUACUGUCUCUGAAAAACGGAGCGAACAGAAGACCUUCGGAAGCUAGGGCCUCACAGUUUAAAUCACCGCUUGCAAGCUUUGCCUCUACACCUACCCUACCGGAAGAAGAACAAGAUGAGAAGUUGGGAAGCCCGAUGUCCUUUGAUAACAAGCCUGCGUUAGGCCAUGAUGCCAGAUUUACGGCCCUGAAGAAUUUCUACCGCACUCAGAUUGCUGAAACAUCGUCAUCACCAUCAGAUCACUUGAUAGGAGGUGACUUUGGUCUAUACUCUUCCCCCAAUGCGCUGAGCCGUAUCAUGUCUCUUUACAAUACAGGUGUCGGGAUGCAUGGGAAUAAUAAAAAGAGCAAAUCCAAACCCCCAGUUAUGCGUGAAGCUCUCACACAGACAGAGGGGCUGAUUGUUCCCACGACUGGAUCUGAGGAUCAUGUAAUUGAGAAGAUGGCAGCCGAAGGGUGGGAUGGGCUGGCGUCGAUGGAGCAACAGCAGUUUCAACAGCCUUCCACACGAUUUGUUGAUGACUUACUACCGCUUCCGGUCCUACUGCGCACAAAGAGGUCCAAACGAUGCAAAGCAUGCAAGCACAUCCUCGUUAAACCGGAAGUCAAACCACAAUCUACUAGAUUCCGCAUUAGACUUAUUGCUCUCAGCUACCUGCCGCUUACCUCAAUCCGUCCGCUAUACCAAUCAUCAGUUGCUCUUCCGAUCAACCUAGAAGCACUUGAGCCCUUAAAACCUAUCCAGUUCCUCCUAACUCUCAAAAACCAUAUGUUUGAUCCUAUCCGCGUCACGCUCGCAACUCCAUCAGUGACUCCAGGGCCCGUUUCUACAAAGGUAACGAUUCUAUGUCCCCAACUUGAAGUCGGCGCCAAUACAGAUGUCUGGGAUGAGGCUCUCCAGUCCGGGAAUAUUCCUGAUCCGAGAUCUUCCCGGCAUGGCGGUGCUGAGAGAGUUGCAGAAGCAGGCAAAGUCUGGGACAAGGGACGCAAUUGGACCACUGUUGCUAUGGAGGUUGUCCCCGGUGCAAUUAAGAGUAAAAAUAAGCAAGCUCAACAAGAUACGGACGACGAAGACCAAGAUAUAGUUGAGAUCCCUGUAUUUGUGAGAAUUGAAUGGGAAGCAGAUGGCGGGAACGAAGAAUUGGGGUUCCGGUCUGAGAACACCAAGAAAAGCGAGUCAGAUACAGUAAAAAGAGAGCUCGCAUACUGGAUGACACUUGGGAUAGGGAGGAUUAAGUCUGAUGCCUCUUGA